AUGCUGACGGAAACGACGUUAACGCUCAUACAAAUAUUAGAAAAAACUAUAUCACCAGAUCGAAAUGAAUUGGAAGCAGCUGAAAAAUACCUUGACCAUGCAGCUGCUACUAAUUUUACAACCUUUAUCAAGAUGCUCUCAGAUGUGCUGGUGCAAGGGGGUAACAGUCAAGUGGCUCGAAUGGCAGCAGGACUGCAGCUGAAAAACCAUCUCACAUCCAAAGACCCUGCACUGAAGCUUCAAUACCAGCAAAGAUGGCUUGCCCUACCUGAAGAUAUUAGACUUUAUAUUAAAAAAAAUAUAUUAACAGCAAUUGGAACAGAAAACAGCAGACCCAGUUCUGCAGCUCAGUGUGUAGCAUAUGUAGCAGUAGCAGAACUCGCUGAGGGCCAGUGGAAUGACCUAAUCCCUAUGUUAGUUGAAAAUGUUGUCAAUGCUCAAUCAACAGAAUUAAAGAGAGAAGCAAGUUUAGAGGCUAUUGGUUAUAUUUGUCAGGAGAUAGAUGCAGAAGUACUAACAGAACAAAGUAAUCGUAUAUUAACUGCUAUUAUUCAUGGUAUGAGAUCAACUGAACCCAGUAACCAUGUCCGACUGGCUGCCACACAAGCCCUACUAAAUUCUCUUGAAUUCACUAAAGCUAAUUUUGAUAAAGAAAAUGAGAGAAAUUUUAUAAUGGAGGUAGUAUGUGAAGCAACACAGUCUACUGAUAUGAGAAUAAGUGUAGCAGCUCUUCAAUGUUUAGUAAAAAUUUUAUCAUUGUAUUACCAAUAUAUGGAACCGUAUAUGGGUCAAGCUCUAUUCCCUAUUACUCUAGAGGCAAUGAAAUCUGAUGUGGAUGAAAUUUCACUCCAAGGAAUUGAAUUUUGGUCCAAUGUCAGUGAUGAAGAAAUAGAUUUAGCUAUUGAGAUGGCAGAGGCAACUGAAGCAGGCCGCCCACCAGUAAGAACAUCACGAUUCUAUGCCAGAGGUGCUUUACAGUAUAUUGCACCAGUUUUAAUGCAGAAACUGACCAAACAAGAUGAUUCAGAUGAUGAGCUUGAAUGGAACCCGUCAAAAGCUGCUUCAGUAUGUUUGAUGCUUUUAUCAAACUGCUGCGAAGAUGAAAUUGUUCCCCAUGUCUUACCAUUUAUUCGUACUAAUAUAAAGAGCGACAACUGGAGGUUUAGAGAAGCUGCUCUCAUGGCUUUCGGUUCUGUCUUAGGUGGUCUAGAAACAACCACUUUAGUACCUCUAGUAGAAGAAGCAAUGCCUACUCUCAUACAAGCUAUGUACGACUCAAGCGUGGCCGUAAGAGAUACAGCCGCCUGGACAUUUGGUAGAAUUUGCGAAAUCGUACCAGAGGCUGCCAUUAAUGAGACAUAUCUACAACCUCUAUUAGAAUCAUUGAUGAAUGGCUUGAAGGCCGAGCCUCGUGUUGCUGCAAAUGUAUGCUGGGCCUUCACCGGCCUUGCCGAAGCCGCAUAUGAAACGGCUGACUGUGGUGACUCGGAACAACCAAAAACGUACUGCAUGUCCACAUACUUCGAUUACAUCGUCCAACGUCUUCUAGAAACUACAGAUCGUCAAGACGCAGCUCAACAUAACCUUAGGUCAGCCGCAUAUGAGGCUCUUAUGGAGAUGGUAAAGAACUCACCCACAGACUGCUAUGUAACAGUACAGAAAACGACAAUGGUCAUAUUAGAACGGUUGCAGCAAGUUUUGCAAAUGGAGAGCAUUAUCUCUAGUCAGGCGGACCGGUCUCAGUUCAAUGACCUCCAGAGCCUUCUUUGCGCGACUUUACAGUCUGUUCUAAGGAAAGUGACUCCAGAAGAUGCCCCUCAAAUCUCGGACGCAAUCAUGACGGCACUUUUGACCAUGUUCGCGGGCAACGCGGGCAAGGCUGGUGGUGUCCAAGAAGACGCUUUAAUGGCAGUCUCUACACUUGUUGAAGUGUUAGGAGAAGGUUUCCUUAAAUAUAUGGAUGCAUUCAAACAAUACCUUUAUGUUGGACUUAAAAAUCAUCAGGAAUACCAAGUUUGCAUAGCGGCUGUGGGUGUCACGGGUGACAUCUGCCGUGCUCUAAAGAGUAAGGUGCUGCCAUAUUGUGAUGAAAUAAUAUUACUCUUAUUAGAGAAUCUCGGAGACCCGUCUAUCCAUCGCUCAGUGAAACCGCAAAUUCUUUCCGUGUUUGGUGAUAUUGCGCUAAGUAUUGGUCCAGACUUUAAGAAAUAUUUUGAUGUAGUCAUGGCAAUGUUGCUGCAGGCCAGCAAUGCACAAGUAGACCGUAAUGAUUACGACAUGGUGGAAUACUUAGGUGAAUUACGUGAAAGUGUUCUGGAGGCGUACACAGGGAUUAUUCAAGGACUGAAAGGCUCGGGUAGUGAGGUGCAGCCGGACGUGGCGCUGGUGGAGCCGCACGUGGGCGCGAUCGUGAGCUUCAUGACGUCGGUGGCGAGCGAGCCGGAGCGCACGGACGGGCACAUGUCGGUGGUGGCGGGGCUGGCGGGCGACCUGUGCACGGUGUUCGGCGCGCGCGUGCUGCCGCUGCUGGAGACGCGCCCGCUGCUGGACCUGCUGCAGGCGGCGCGCCUCAGCCGCACGCCGCGCACCAAGACGCUCGCCAACUGGGCCACCAAGGAGAUCCGCAAGCUCAAGCACCAGCCCGUAGCCAGCUGG